UCGGCCACUCUGUCAUCCUUUUCUUGUGAUACUUGUUUUGGAUCAUCGCAAAUCUCCAUUCCUCUACACAUCAUUCCUCCACAUACCCUUCAACGUCCACGAGAAACCCUAGUUCACCAUCUUCUUCCUAGUUGCUCUAAUUUAUCGGGCGCUGAGCACAGAGAUACCCAACUUGGCUGCACAUCAUGGUCUUCCAUCUCCGGCGCUUCACCUCGCGGCGGGUUCUGCUCUUCAUAUCAGCUGGCUUCCUCUUCUUCGUUUUCAUAUUUAGCUUAACACCAAUCACAGCGCCACUUCCGCCAUAUACCGGACCUCAUGAGGUCGGAAUUCUAGAUGUUGAAACCGAAGUUCAGAAUCAAGUCAUCCAUGACGCGAUAUUGAAGGACACAGGGGGGAAACCCUUCGAGUUAUCUACCCUUGCUAUCACAUUAUACUAUCCUUCCUCAUUAUCCGCGGCUCCGCCAAGCUCACGACCGUGGGCUCGUCCAUGGCUCCCACAACCCGUCUCACUGAUCGGAGAGGGAUAUGCUCGGCUUGCAGGUGUCUCAUAUUUGAGUUCCGUAUUCACCUUCGCCCUUUGGCUCCUUGGUUCGAGUACCGUGAUACCAGGUGUCGUUGACGCGCCCAUCCUUUCAGGUGCCGAGAAGGUCCUGGUAGACGAAAGCGGCGGCGCUGCUGGGUUUAACAAGAUCCUGAGCGCAGCUGAGCAAGAACAUCAAGAGCUGAAAAGAGAUGCAGACUUUGGAACUCUACCAUGCGUUGUUUUCACCCAUGGCAUGGCUGGAAUGAGCCAGAGUUAUUCGCACUAUCUCGGGAGUAUUGCAAGUCAUGGGUACGUGGUUGCUGCGGUUGAGCACAGAGAUGGAAGCGGACCAGGCACUAUUAUUCAUCAUCCUAAUGGAACGGAAAAGGAAGUCUGGCACCUGAAACUGAAAGAUCUUGAGUCCAACCCGCCGAUGACCGACCUCGACCUCAAAGCUGCCCAACUCGCUUUCCGCCAAAUUGAGAUUCAGGAAACAAUCAAGUUGUUUGCACAGCUCAACGCUGGUGACCCGCCAUUUGUCAAUCUUAAGCCCGACUCACCCCGCGAAUCCCUCCCUGGAUUUAACCACCGCCUCAAUCUUUCCUCUGUCACAGUCGCGGGCCACUCCUAUGGCGCAACUGGCGUUCUGCAGGCUCUCAAAGCUGCUGGAACCAAGGAGAUGCCAAUCAACGGUGGCAUUGCACUAGAUCCAGGCAAGGGCUCUGGACCGUUAAACAAGGACAUUGAUGUCCCGAUUAUGGUUAUGCAAAGCGGGGAGUGGACAGAGCAACAGACCGAGUUUUACGGACAGGGGUGGCAUUUUGACGUCGUAAGAAAGAUUGUGGAGAGCGUGAAGGAAGGAUGGUUCACAACAUUGACUGGCACUGCCCACCCUUCAUGCACCGACGCGCCCCUGAUUGUUCCCUGGAUCAUGAAACUAGUUACUGGAACCACGCUGGACUCGAGAGUUGCUCUACGGGAGUACAUUGAUACUUCAGUUCGAUUUCUAGAGUAUCUGCAGACCGGAGAGAAGAAGGGUGUCUUAGGGAGCGAUGUGACGAGUGCCUCGGGACCACUUGGAGACGAAGAGAAGCGUACGAAGGUAAAGGGUUUCUAUGGUGCUGAUUGGGAGGUUCAUGCGGUGCCUCAGUAGGGAUCAAUCCGCAAAGAAACUAAACUAGAAAGCGGUAAUACUUAAUAAGACACUUAAGAUGGCAGAUUACAC